AAUAUUAAAAACUAAAGUUUUCAUUUUAAGAACUAAAAUUGUUAAUUUAAGGAAAAGUGUUUUUAAAUUGAAAUAAAUAAUGUUAUUUGUUAAUAAUUAUUGCUGAUUUGAAGGCCAUAACGGGGACAAAAUGGACCUGUAAAAUUCGGAAAAAUUCUGAAAAUUUUUGUUACUUUUUUAAGUUUUUGUUUUAUUUUUUGAAAUUGAAAACCACCUCCCUCCCUCCCAACAACCAAAAAAACCCACUCAAUGCUAAAGUGGACACGUCAACAACAACGUCAGUCUCUUCAACUUCUACAGUCUCGACUCUCUACUUCAAAUUCUCUUCAAAAUCCACAUCCGUCCCUCUCUGCCUCAGCGAAAAAAACGUUACUCCAGUGGAAAUUUUCAGCAGCUGCCAUCCAAAACCAAUCCGAAAAUGCCCACCAUGACCGAAACUUUGGAAAGACGUCUGUUGCGUCGCUCUCUGGACAACCACUUGGAUAGUCCUUUGGAAGAGAGAAGACGUCGCUCUUCACCCCGCCACUCUCUGACCGGCAAUCAUAACAAGGAAAACUUUGGGGUGCAUUUUGUACGCCAUUCUUUUGGCAACACUAGCCUUAGUGCUUUGCAGGAUCUCAGUAAUGGCAAAAGUCCUCGCAGGCCUCAAGAGGACACUCCCCCCGCAGCGCCCACAAUACACAUUAAAAGGCGUAACCUUCGGCGGGUUUCCAUGAACCUGGAAAGAACACCCCAGCCGCCAAAUGAUCAUCUGCGAUCCCGAUUUUCUGAUGAUUUUGCCAACGAGGAGGAUAUCACUCCCCUGUCGCGGCUAAAGUUCCGGAAUAAAAUCAAAGAAGAUUCCCUCUCCUCUUCGCGUAUGGGAGAUGUUACCCUGGAUCGCAUGUUGGAUGCCAUCAUUGAGAGUGCACGCAAAGAUGUCAAAGCCCAAAGUCCUCCCAGGACUCCGGAAAUCGAAAUCAAAGAGGCCGACAAGGAUGAGAGUAUUCACGAAAUGGAGGUAAGGACACCGCAACAUUUGAAACGGCAAAGGGUGGUAAGGAGAAAAAAUCCCAAGACAACCGACAAAAAAGCCAGCAAGGAGAAGGUCAAGGAAAAGCGGGAGCAGCAGGAAGGGAAAAGGGAAAUGACUCUAGAAGCCCCCACAAGAUCUCAAGGACGCCCAGAAAUGAUUGGCUUGACAUUGCCCAAUGGCAUACCCAGCCCCGAAACCCCGGAGGCCAUACAACACUACACCAACCACAAAUCGCUGCUGAACAUGGAAACACCCCCUCCCGCCAUGGAACAACAUUUGCUCUUCUCAGGCGCGGGCAAAAGUGUGGCGGUCCACUGCAGUACCCCUACCUUGGCCUUGGAAGGCCAUCCCAACUCCAUUAAACGUUGCCUCAGCUUCUCCUGUGCCAGUGAGGAGGAUACCGACGAUGCCAGCUACACGAACAGCAAACGUGGCUCGAUGACCUCUUCCAUUGCCAGUUCAACAAAUGAACAGCUGAGUGGUAAUUGUUCGUCCAGCUCUCUGACCAAUGUUGCCACAGGACGUGGCUCCUUGGAUGUGGCCAUAUACUUGGAUAACGAGACAUUAAAUGUACACGUUAUUCGUUGCCGUGACUUGCAGCGUCCCAAUGGCACUCCCUCAAAUAAUCUCAAUGCCUAUGUCAAGGUGGCUCUGAUUCGUCAAUCCCAGAACCAAACUCAAUCCUAUCAGCGCACCGUAGUUCACCGUCAUUCCAAUCGUCCAUAUUUUGAUCACUGCUUCAAAUUUGACCUAUCCGAUUUGGCUGCUGCCGUCGAGGAGAUCAAGCCCGAGGAUCAUCUACAGAUGGCGGUGUGGCAUCGGGAUCGCCAGCUUAAGUGAGUAUGAUCGUAGUUGCUCCUCCCCCUUUUGUUAAAAACGAACAUUUAGAUUGAAAACAAAAAACAAAUACAAACCAGGCAAACAAACAAUAUCGGAACUAUU